AUGCAGAGAGCAUUUGGGCCUGGGCAGCAGCUUCAGCAAGAUUCUGCUCCAUCUGGUCAGAAUAAAAGGAGGUCCAUUGAACAAGCACUCUAUAUCAACAAGUCAAUGUCUUCUUCUCAUAUUCCACCAAUAUACAGAGCUGUACAGACAUUUUCUUUCUCAGAUUUGUGGGGAGAAGAGAGGAAAGAGGCAAGCAGAGAUCUUAGCAGUGGAGAAUAUUAUAGUAACAUGAAAUUAUGA